UGAAAAGCUGCAUGUUGACUAUUUAAAUGAGAGCAGAACAGCUGGAGGUAGCUGACAGUGAUGGCCUUCAACAAGCUGAUCUGUGUGGCGGCUCUGCUGACUCUGUUGACCAAAGAGUGUGACUCACAGCUAUCUGUAUGUGGUCAGCCAUCACUCAACACCAGGAUUGUUGGAGGAGAUGCAGCUCCUCCAGGCAGCUGGCCCUGGCAGGUCAGUCUGCACAAAACUAGACACAUCUGUGGAGGAUCUCUGAUUAACGACCAGUGGGUGCUGACUGCUGCUCGCUGUGUCCAAGGGCUCAGCAGCUUAACAGUAUGUCUGGGUCGUCAGAGUCAGAAGGGACCCAACCCAAACGAAGUCAAUCGGACAGUAUCACAGAUCAUUUCUCACCCUGACUACAAUCCUACAACUUUUAACAACGACAUCGCCCUCCUGAAGCUGUCUGUACCAGUGACUUUCACCAGUUAUAUCUCACCAGUCUGCCUGGCCGCCUCAGGCAGCACCUUCUACAGUGGGGUUCAAUCCUGGGUCACUGGCUGGGGCACCAUUGGAAGUGGAGUCCCUCUUCCGUCUCCUCAAAACCUGAUGGAGGUGGAGGUGCCAGUUGUGGGGAACAGACGGUGCAAGUGUAGCUAUGGGGAGAAUGGCAUUACUGACAACAUGUUAUGUGCCGGGUUACUAGAGGGAGGGAAGGAUUCCUGUCAGGGGGAUUCAGGAGGUCCAAUGGUGAGCAAGCAGGGUGGCCGCUGGAUUCAAGCAGGAAUCGUAAGUUUUGGAGAAGGAUGUGCUAAGCCAGAUUUCCCAGGAGUCUACACCAGAGUAUCCCAGUAUGAGAACUGGAUCAACAGUAUUAUCAACACCAACCAGCCGGGCUUCAUUACCUUCAUGUCCAACGGGACUGACAGUGACCUCACCUCUUCCUGUACAACAACCCUGACAACACCAACUAAACCUGAACAGUAUGUGACAUACCUAUCUGAGUGUGGUAUGGCACCGCUCAAUUCCAGGAUUGUUGGAGGAGAUGCGGCUCCUCCGGGCAGCUGGCCCUGGCAGGUCAGUCUGCACAUCUCUAACCACAUCUGUGGAGGAUCUCUGAUUAACGACCAGUGGGUGAUGACUGCUGCUCACUGUGUCUCAUGGCUCAACAGCCCUGCUAUUCUAACAGUAUAUCUGGGCCGUCAGAGUCAGGAGGGACCCAACCCAAACGAAGUCAAUCGGACAGUAUCACAGAUCAUUUCUCACCCUGACUAUAAUCCUAUAACUCUCAACAACGACAUCGCCCUCCUGAAACUGUCUGUACCAGUAAAUUUCACCAGUUAUAUCUCACCAGUCUGCCUGGCCGCCUCAAACAGCACCUUCUACAGCGGGGUUCAAUCCUGGGUCACUGGCUGGGGCAACAUUAGAUAUGAUGACCCCCUUCCUUCACCAGGAAACCUUUUGGAGGUGGAAGCAGAGAUUGUGGGAAAUGCCCAAUGCAGAUGUGAUUAUGGUUCACUAGUUGAUAACCAGAAUACUGACAACAUGAUGUGUGCUGGGUUUCGUGAAGGAGGGAAGGGACCCUGUUUUGGAGAUUCUGGAGGUCCACUGGUGAGCAAGCAGGGUGGUCGAUGGGUUCAAGCUGGAAUUGUGAGUUUUAGUUUUGGUUGUGCCAAGCCAUAUUUCCCAGCAGUCUACACAAGAGUGUCCCAGUACAAUAACUGGAUCAACAGUCACAUCACCAGGAACCAACCGGGCUUCAUCAACUUUAUAUCCAACGGGACUGAAAGUGACCUCAAUGUUUCCUGUACAACACCCACCUUCACCCCAAUAACAGUAAACAUAUCUGAAGUAUGUGGUCAGCCAUCACUCAACACCAGGAUUGUUGGAGGAGAUGCAGCUCCUCCAGGCAGCUGGCCCUGGCAGGUCAGUCUGCACAUCUUUGACCACAUCUGUGGAGGAUCUCUGAUUAACGACCAGUGGGUGCUGACUGCUGCUCACUGUGUCCAAAGGCUCAGCGACCCUGCUUUUCUAACAGUAUAUCUGGGUCGUCAGAGUCAGGAGGGACCCAACCCAAACGAAGUCAUUCGGACAGUAUCACAGAUCAUUUCUCACCCUGACUACAAUCCUUCUGCUACUGACAACGACAUCGCCCUCCUGAAGCUGUCUGUACCAGUAAAUUUCACCAGUUAUAUCUCACCAGUCUGCCUGGCGGCCUCAGGCAGCACCUUCUACAGCGGGGUUCAAUCCUGGGUCACUGGCUGGGGCACCAUUGGAAGUGGAGUCCCUCUUCCGUCUCCUCAAAACCUGAUGGAGGUGGAGGUGCCAGUUGUGGGGAACAGACGGUGCAAGUGUAGCUAUGGGGAGAAUGGCAUUACUGACAACAUGUUAUGUGCCGGGUUACUAGAGGGAGGGAAGGAUUCCUGUCAGGGGGAUUCAGGAGGUCCAAUGGUGAGCAAGCAGGGUGGCCGCUGGAUUCAAGCAGGAAUCGUAAGUUUUGGAGAAGGAUGUGCUGAGCCAGAUUUCCCAGGAGUCUACACCAGAGUAUCCCAGUAUGAGAACUGGAUCAACAGUGUUAUCAACACCAACCAGCCGGGCUUCAUUACCUUCAUGUCCAUCGGGACUGACAGUGACCUCAGCUCUUCCUGUACAACAACCCUGGCAACAACAACUAAACCUAAACCUGUAUUCUGUGGACAAGCCCCACUGGGUUCCAGUAUUUUGGAUGGAGUUAUGGAGGCGUCUGCUGGUAUGUGGCCCUGGAUGGCGAGCUUGCAGAAGCGUGGCCAGCAUGUGUGUGGAGGGACGCUAGUGUCUGAGAGCUCUGUGCUGACCAACACAGACUGCUUCUCAGGCUCCCUUGAUGUGUCUGAGUGGACAGUCGUGUUGGGUCGUCUAAAGCAGAACGGGUCUAACCAAUUUGAGGAGUCGUUGAAUGUGGUAAAUAUCUCUAUGAGCAACCUGACAGGGAACAAUAUCGCAGUGCUUAAGCUGUCAUCCAAACCCACCCUGAACAACUACAUCCAGCCCAUCUGCCUGGACAACAAAAGAACAUUCCCAGUGGGAUCAGUAUGUUGGGCUGCUGGCUGGAGCUCUGGAAGAGGAGGAGAGGAGCAGGCUCUGCAGCAGUUCAAGGCGACAGUGGUAGAUUGUGGGAAUGCAGCAACAACUGACAGCAUAUGCACAGCAACUUUUACUCUGGAGCAGGGCGACUCUGGUGGUCCGCUCAUGUGUAAGCAGGACAACUCCUGGUUCCAGUCGGUCGUGCUACCCUUUGUAAAAACCUCCAACAGAGUAAAACGAGCCGAUCCCAUGAUGACCUUUGAAAAACUGAACCGUUUCCAGUCCUUCCUGACUAGUACACUGGGAACGUUUUUGUCUCCGGCCACCACCACUGACAUCACAGAUCCCACAGCUCCCACCACAAUCAUGACAACCAGUGGGGUUCCAAUUUCUCACCCCUCCUUCUUCCUCCUAGGCCAUCUUCUUCUCUUUGCUUUAUGCCUUCAGGCCUUCACAUAAGCAACCUUUAAACUGUCUGUUAAGAUAUGAUACAUACUGAGGAAGCUGGUGGUGGUGUUUUUAUUUUAGUCCAAAAUUCCCCCAGAUAAUUUAGAGCUUGUCUCUGUCUUUGGCUUAUUGAUUGACUGAAUGAAUCAUGAAGAUAAUGGGGCUGUUUCUAAGAAGGUUUUAUUCAUAUCCAGGUGUCCUGAAGUGGGGUUUUUAUUUUCCUAAUUAUUGUUACAGAUUGUAAACAUUACUUGUUUUGUGUUUUUUUUUUUUUUGAAACAAAUGAACAUUUGAUAAUUUUUCAAAUUUUAAUGCUACCCAGAUGCUGAUUAAUAUAUUUUGGUUUCAAUGUACAACAGUUGUUUAAAUUAUAUAGAGGGGUAAAAAAACAGCAAUAAAUGUAACUUUAAUGUAGCUUGAUUAUUCUUCUUACAGAUUGGAACGUAUGUUACCUUAUCUGUUUAUCACUUUCAUAAAAUCAUUAAAUAAAACUAUAAAGAUCUA